GACACCCCCUUACUCCACAUUCGAGAGUCUUUCAAGCUGUCCUCUUUUUGACACCGUCUCUGCCGCUGCCGUUGUGGUUUGAGCAGCCCUCUGAGGCUUGAGUCCGUCAUUUGCUGCAGGUGGCUCUGGUCCGUAGAUCAUCAACCUUGCAGCUGAUGGCGGCCGGCUGGACCCUCGGCAAGAUUUUCUUUGCGUCUUUUGCUGUUGGCAGCUCUAGAGAGUGUCACUUGUCUGUCCCGAUACGACUUCUGCAAGCGACGGCCACCGUUGAAAACGUCAAUCGGAAUACACUGGCGGUCUGAGAGACAUUCGUCUCUUGACCACAAGCCUGGUUAUUGCCCUCUUAGAUCAGCGCAAUCAGGGAAUAUAACAUGCGUCAGGUUUGCCCACACGGCUUUACUCCUUCACACGUAUCUCAGCAGCUCCUUGAUGUCUACGAGUUCCGCUCGUCUUCUGAUGCUUGUCUGCUAUGCAGUAUGCGAUUCAAGCCUAAAGUCCCAACCCUCUACACCGCGCAACGUAGCGCCCUUCCCCAGAUCCCCAUGCGCCGCGAUGCCGUCAAGGUCGGGGCCAGCAGGAGCUUGGUGCUGCGCUUUAAAGCGGACAGCCCAGGCAUGUUCCUCUUACAUUACCAUAUCGAAUGGCAUGCGGAGAGCGGGCUGUCGGCGACGUUUGUCGAGGCGCCCGCGGAGCUGCAGAAGCACUUCCCGCACGGGGUGCUGAGGGCGCAGAGGGAGACUUGUAGGAGGCAGGGGUGCCGGUCGAGGGGAACUGUGCCGGGGGGACGCGGAAUGUGUUUGAUAUGCGGAAAUGUAAUGCGGAUUUGGCGGCGAAUACGUACAGGGCGCUUGUGGACCCGCCGAAGAAGAGGAUGAUGGGAAGGGGGGUGUGGUGAUGGGGGCGAGGCUUGGGGAUCGCAUAUACCUACGCAGGAUCUCGAUAGAUUCUAAUUCUAA